UUCAUCCAUAAUGUUUAACUAAUUACUUGUAAGUAAAAAGGGUGAAAUUAAGGAGAUCAAAAAAAUAAUCUUUGUAAUGGAGAAACAAUCGUGUUUAAUGAGAUCUUAUCAAAAACAUACUGCUAUGGCUUAAUUAAGGAAUAUGGCUCCACUUGUGAUUUUUCUGGUUUGUUUGCUUGCAAUUGCCUCAUUUGUUGAGGGUAAUAGAAAAGGAGAGUGGAUCAAUGGUCAUGCUACAUUCUAUGGAGGUGGUGAUGCCUCAGGGACAAUGGGGGGUGCUUGUGGUUAUGGGAAUCUAUAUGAGCAAGGUUAUGGAACAAGAACUGCAGCUUUGAGCACAACUUUGUUCAACAAUGGGUUGAGUUGUGGAUCCUGCUAUGAGAUUAAGUGUAUAAAUGAACACAAAUGGUGCUUGUCAGACUCUAUUAGGGUAACAGCAACCAAUUUAUGCCCACCUGGUGGCUGGUGCAACCCUUCACUUCACCACUUUGACCUUUCUCAGCCUAUCUUCCAGCACAUUGCCCAAUACAGAGCUGGAGUUGUCCCUAUUGCUUAUAGAAGGGUACCCUGCAGAAGAAAGGGGGGAAUCAGGUUCACCAUCAAUGGACACUCUUACUUCAACUUGGUACUAGUGACUAAUGUUGGUGGUGCUGGUGAUGUUCAUGCUGUAGCCAUUAAAGGAUCGAAAACUCAAUGGCAGUCUAUGCCAAGAAACUGGGGCCAAAACUGGCAAAGCAACAGUUUGUUAAAUGGACAAAGCCUUUCAUUUAAGGUUACCACAAGUGAUGGACGUAGUGUGGUCUCUAAAAAUGUUGCCCCUGCUAGCUGGUCUUUUGGGAAGACAUACACAGGUGGUCAGUUCCACUGAAAGGGUUUCCCUAAGCAUUUGGCUGCGUGCAAGAAUUACGUAUACGUUUUGUGGCACAUGGUUUAAAACUCGAUGAAUUGAAUAAUGAGUAUGUCCAUAUACUUUUCUCCACUUAAAUAUAAGGUUUUUUUUUUAAGUUCUAGACGUGUGACGUGAGUCUAAGCCACACUUUUCUCUACUUAAAUGUAAAGUUUUUUUUAAGUUCUGGACGUGUGACGUGAAUCUAAUUCACACAUCAUGUGUUAGGGUCUUACUACUUGACUAAAGCCUAAGAGGUCGUUAGUACAUAGGGAUUUUAAAGUUGUCCUCGUGUCAUGUUAAUUUGAAUUAAGGGUAGCGUAGCUUUGGGACCCUCUAAUAUCCUUGAGGCCAUUAGUUUUGGCUUUUUUUAAUUUAUAUAUUUUUGUUUUCCUUUUGUUGCAAUGCAGUGGUGGACUCUUUCACCAUCCUCAUUUAGGAGUCUGUAUAAGUUGGAGAAAUUCGGAAACUUUUUUCUCCUAAUCUUUAGUUGUAGACAUAUAUAGUUGCUCUGUGUUACUGUGUAUAAUUAAUCCAGAUAACUAGUGCAGUAAUGAGCAACGGACAUGUGGUUGUCUGUAUAUAAACUUGUUCUUCGUUCUUGUUUUGGGUUACUAUAUGGUCUUCGUUUUUUUUCCUUUUUUGUUAUUUUACCUGUGGUGUUAUCUUUUACUUUUCUUAAAUUCCUAGAUCCCUCUAUGUAUAAAACCUUCUAGCAAAUGAAAUUUGACGGAGUUUUUUUUUU